AUGGAAAUCAUUACGGAGAGGUUCUGCUCGAACCUUUUCCGUUCAUCAACUUGUGUGUCAAGCCCGAUCAUCCCCAGUGGUGAAGCUCCACCACGGAUUCUCCCUUCGGAAGUACGAGUCGCUAUCAAGAGCAUGAAAUCUGGCACAGGCAUCGGAUCUGAUUUUAUAUCCUCAGACUUUCUUCGUGCUGGUGGGCAUCCGCUUCAUGUAAUCUUAGCAGCGCACAUGACAUCCUACCUUCAGAAAAAUAUUAUUCCAGACCAGUGGAAGACCUCGCGAACCGUUCUUAUCCAUAAGAAAGGUGACCGUGAGGACCUUCGGGACUACCGUCCGAUAUGCUUGCUGAGCGUGUUAUACAAAGUCUUCACCAAGAUCAUCCUCACGCGCGUAUCCAGGACGCUGGAUAAAGCUCAGCCUCAAGAACAAGCCGGAUUCCGUCAGGGGUUCAGCUGCUUGGACCACAUCCAGACCGUGUCGAGGGUCAUAGAGGUUCCCCGGGAAUACCUCCUGCCCCUUGUUCUAACCGUGGUCGACUAUGAGAAAGCCUUCGACAGCGUAGAAACGAAUAAAAAAAGAAACGAAACGCAGUACUGCCAGCUCUGGUCGAUCAAGGUGUGGACGCGUCGUAUGUGA